CAACUUAACAUUAAUUAGAGCAAGGAAACGAGCCAGCCAACAUCGAGGGAUCUCUGUGCCACAUCAUACGUGGCCAACAUAUACGUACCUAACGUGGGUCAGGCUCGGUUCCUCUCAUCGGUUCUCACCAGACUGUCCUCCUUUGGGGGUCCCUGCUACAUCAUUGGCAGAGAUCUCAAUGUCGUCAUGUCCCCGUCUGCAGACACGUCCUCAGGGCUUAUAAAAAAUCUGUUUGGAAAUGGGCCUCAAUUUAAAGAAGAUGGGUGUGCUUAUUAUGAUAUUUGCUGUUAAUGUAUGCAUUUCUUGGUAUUAUUUCACCUCAAAAUCAACAUCCCUUUCUACGAACCAUGGGAGCAACUCUUGCAUUAACCAACAUGCCGUAAAAAGAUUAUUUCCCCUCAAAGUGCAAUCAAAUGCUGCCAUGUGGACUGCAGAACCUGUAGGACGCCUUGGAAACAAAAUGGGGGAGUAUGCAGCACUUUAUGCUCUGGCAAAGCUUAAUGGACACCAAGCAUACGUCUUACCACAAAUGCAUAGUGAGCUAGGAAGGAUAUUUAAGAUAAAAUUGCCUGUUCUUCAUCAGGAAAUUGCUAACCGGAUUAAAUGGAGGAUAUAUAGUCUGAAUGAUUGGAUGUUACCAGAAUAUUCCAAAAUCUCUGGACAAUACGUUAAAUUCUAUAGUACUCCGUGCUCAUGGACAUUCUAUCAUCACAUAAGGGAGGAGAUUCUACAAGAAUUCACUUUUCAAGACCAUAUUAAGGAAGAGGCAAAUUCAUACCUUGCAAACCUGAAAGGGAAUAGAGCAAAUGUGACCUAUAUUGGAGUGCAUGUUCGCAGGGGGGACUAUUUAAGCGUCAUGCCUCAGCAAUGGAAAGGUGUGGUAGCUGACAAAAACUAUAUGCAAAAAGCUAUGGACUAUUUCAGAAAGAAGUAUGAUAACCCCCUCUUUGUGGUGACCAGUAAUGGGAUGGAAUGGUGUAAACAGAACAUUAAUACCUCUCUAGGAGAUGUACAUUUUGCUGGAGAUGGUAAAGAAGGUUCUCCUGUCCGUGAUUUUGCCCUCCUGGUACAUUGUAACCACACCAUAAUGACCAUAGGGACAUUUGGAUAUUGGGCUUCAUACUUGGUUGGUGGUGAAACCAUCUAUCUUACAAACUACACUUUGCCAGAUUCUCCUUUCCUUAAAGUUUUCAAAUAUGAAGCCGCAUUCCUUCCAGAAUGGAUUGGAAUUCCCGCUGACCUGUCUCCUUUGUUGAAUAAAUGACAUCCUUAGGGGCAGAUCCUCAAAGAAAUUACGCGGCAUAUCUCUUGAUACGCCGCGUAAUUUCGAAUUUUGC